UGGAGUAUUAUGUUCCUCUUCAAGUAAAACGAGCUAUCGCGAGAUCUAAAUUACGGCUCCGAAAUCCAAGGACUGCGUUUGACAUUUUUAGCAAGCAAAAAGCUAAACAUGUCUGAAAAGGAACUGGGGAAAAAGCUGGAUCGAUGCCUCGCAGAUAGCGCCGUUAAACUUGGUGCUGGUCUGGGCUUAGGAAUCGUGUUUUCUGUGGUAUUCUUCAAACGACACACCUGGCCAGUUGCCUUUGGCUUAGGAAUGGGGCUUGGCAUGGCAUACACAAACUGCCAGAAUGAUUUGAGAGCACCAUAUCUAAUUCAGAGAAACAUUAAGGAGCAGUAGCCAAACGUCAGUGAAGGACUGUCUGUCACGUUUUUGUGAUGCUUCGCAUUUUGCACCGACCUUCAGCCAGACUAAUUUCCUUCUGUGGGUUGACCCUUCCAUAUGUAUUAGUAUAAUUUAUAUGUGCCUGAACAGGACAGUCUGUCUUUAUUUAGAUAAAAUAAUCAUAAAAUAAAGACAAUUGAGAUUGUGUGUGUUUUUAAAACA